ACACACACAGACGAUUCUCAGUAAAAUCUAUCAAAUCUAAAUUAUAAAAUUGUUUUUCAUGAAGUUAAGACAUACCGCUAACUCAAAGCGUUAAAUGACUAGUAAUUAAGUAAAUAAACAAAUUAUACAAAGUGAGAUGCGAUGCAAGUGCCAGAAGUGCAGCGGUACUCUGGGAAGUUCUGGGAAAUCCCUGUUCGUGUCAAAGGUACACAGCAAGUGUAAAUGCAGAAGGUGUUUGAUAUAUAAAUAACACAAUGUUGGAAGUGGACAAAAUCCUGGAAAAAUGCGGCAGUUUUGGUCGACUGCAGCUGAUCAUAGUAAUACUCACUAGUCUGCUCAAUGUGAUCUUGUCUCUGCAUUACGAAUCUGAAGAAAUUAUCUUUUUUGUGCCAAGACAUUGGUGUGCUGAUGGCCUAGCCUCGGGGUCAGCGCCACCAAAUACAUCCAGCUGCAAGCCACUGUACUCUAAUUUGACUAUCCAUAGCAGCUGCCAUAAGUACAAAUAUGAGACAUACAUGGACUUUCAGAGUUUUGUCAGCGAAACGAACUGGAUAUGCAAAAAUGGUUGGAGAAUGAACGUGGGAGGCUCACUGUAUACUGUGAGUUCCUUGUUAGGCACUCUUGUUCUCGGCUAUAUGGGGGACAAAGUGGGUCGGCUUCCUGCUCUUAUUUUGGCCAAUCUCAUUUCAAUGAGUGGCAACUUUUUAACAAUCUUUGGUACCAAUCUGUUCACUUUUUGUUUAUUUCGACUUAUUAACGGCUUCGCCACUGACACCAACUAUGCAAUGAUGUACAUUCUGCUUUUGGAAUAUAUACGUCCUUCUUUGCGCACAAUUUGCCUGACUAUCACUGUCGGCAUAUUUUACUGCUUGGGCGCGAUAAGUUCACCCUGGGUGGGGCUGCUAUUGGGCACCUGGCGUAGCUUCCUGCUUGUCAGCUCGCUGCCAUUAAUAUUAGUGCCCUUUUUUUAUUGCAUUGUACCGGAAAGCGUAGAAUGGCUGAUCUCAAGGCGAAACUAUAACAAGGCUGUAGCGUCCCUGAGGCGUGUGGCCAAAAUUAAUGGUGUCCAAAUUGAAGACAGCGUUUAUGAGGAAUUCAUCGCGAACUGCAAAUUAGUUCAGCAAAAUACGAAGAUCGACCCGAAUCUGCUGGACCUCUUCAGGACGCCGCGCCUGCGCCGCAUCGUUUUAAUAUUGGCGUUCGACAUGGCCGUCAUUUCUUAUUGCCACUUUAUCGCCAUACGUAAACUAAAUAGAAAUUGGUUUUCGCAUUUUGUUUGGAACUCGAUUCAAUAUACCAUGAUUCUGCCAUCUUGGCUGAUAGCCUUAGCUUUUCAAGAUAUCAUCGGACGCAAGGCAUUGACUUCCACAUCGCUAAUCUGCUGUUGCCUUUUUAUCUCGAUAACGAACAUCGUUCUAUUGGAUGGAGCUUCCGACACUAAUCGCAUCACCACCUUACAGCUGAUGUUCUUAUUGACUGGGAUUUGUUUUUGUAACGUUGCCUUUAACACGACCUGUUUGUACGCUGUGGAGCUGUUGCCAACAUGUCUGCGUGGCCAGGGAGAUGCCGCUGUAGAUACUUUUGCCAGAGUGAUCCAAUUGAUAUGUGCAUUUUUUUUUAACAUGAGCAGUAUUUCCUCGCCGCUGCCGGAAAUCAUUUUGGCCGUGCUCACUUCGCUGGCCGCCUGCUUAUGCCUGCUGCUGCCAGAGACAACUAAUCACACGCUGCCCAGUUCACUGGAGGAUAGCGAGGAGCUUGGAAUUGACGAGCACUGGUACACAUUUCCGUGCAUAAAAAAGGGCAUGUAGUCGGUAACAAGACGCGUCUGCUUUAUUAACUAAUUACUUCGUUAUUUGAAAUGGAAGGGCUUGAUGACUUCUCGGCUCUAUGAAAUAUGAUAAUUGGAAGUGGAGUAUAAAAGUAUUCUAUUCCGAAGUAAGGUAUACGAAAUUAGUUCUUAUUUCAUUUCGUUUUGCAAACGAAGUAGAAUAUAUAAAUUCGAUUAUAUAUCUAAAUUCAUUUUCAACACGAAAUAAGAUAUGUAACUGUGUGAUAACACAUAUCUUUUCAGCCCAAAUAUAUUUUAUCACAAAAAUUGUACUGUAGUUGUUCCAAAAAACUCGAUUAACGAAAAAAAUGGACCUGCAAUUGCCAAAAAUUAAGGAAAAUUCUACAUACUUUGUUUCGCUUUGAAGAACACGCAGAGUAAAU